AUGUUUGGCGAUUAUGAAGAUUUCGAUCGAGUCCUAGACUUUGGCCUGCCGUUGCAUCAGAACCCGAAUCGAAGAUUUUCGGAGACAUAUAGUUGUUAUUCCGUGGCCUUCUUACCGGGAAAUGAAAGAGAAAACGUCAACUUUGGGGGAAAAAUUAUUCUGCCUCCUUCUGCUUUGGCCAAAUUAGCCAGUCUGAACAUAGAAUAUCCUAUGUUGUUUGAACUCAAUAAUGCCAAUAAACAAAUCCGCUCUCAUGCUGGGGUUCUCGAAUUUAUUGCAGAAGAAGGUCGCGUUUAUUUACCUCAUUGGAUGAUGCAAACACUAUCACUGGAACAAGGCGAUCAUAUCGAUAUAAAAAAUGCCACAUUGCCUUUAGGAACUUUUGUCAAGAUUCAACCGCAGGCUGUAGACUUUUUGGAUAUCAGUGAUCCGAAGGCCGUGCUUGAGAAAGCUUUUCGAAACUUUACAACUUUGACGCAAGGCGACAUUAUCCAAAUCAAUUAUAACAACAAAAUAUACGAAAUUCUGGUGUUGGAAGUGAAACCCUCGGGCAACAAUGUUGACGGAAUUUCUAUUGUGGAAACUGAUUUGGAGGUUGAUUUUGCACCACCGGUAGGAUACGUCGAGCCGGCCCCUCCACCAAAAGAUACCAUGGCUGACAAGAUCAAGAUAGAUGAACCUUCCAUGAAAUCCGAUCGUUGGCUCGCUUUCCAGGGUGCCGGAAACAAACUUAAUGGAAAAUCAGUGAAAUCAUCUUCUGCCAAUGCUAGUAAUCCCAAUUCAGAUAAACAAGAUCCGGAUGCAACGAAAGAUGUCCCAGCACCGUUGAACCUGCCAUUUGGAAAAUUAUUUUUUGGGUAUAAAGUUGUACCUUUGGGCGAAAAAAAAAAGGGUGUCGAAAGUGAUAACAAAACUUUCUCUGGAGAAGGACAGGUUUUACGCCCUUCAAGAUUAAACGCAAGUCGAACUGCAUCCCCAACACCAUCGACUUCAGCAUCUGCAUCCGCUGAAUCCUCAAAUUCAAAUGAUAAACGAAAUAAUGAAACUUUCGGUGGCAAAGGUUAUUCACUAAAAUAA